AUGUCAAGUGAGCGAGAACCACAUCAGCCACGUCCACCAAAAGCACCUCAUCCUCCAGCGGAGUCUUACGAUUACCAUGCAGGGAAUACCUCCACACAGUAUUCCAGCGUCAACGCGUUCCUGACGGCCGUGGCUCAUGCGCCGGUCGACGUCGGGCAGAAAACGUCUCUCGAGAUGGAUCAGUCGAUGUUGCAGUACGCCGUGCGGAAUGUCUCGUCCAGGAAGGUCACUGCAACAAGAUCUUUGCUUUCCCUGGCCCUCAUGCAGAAGGACCAGAUCGACUUCUCGAGCGCGUCUCCAGAAAUCCAGACGGCGCUGGAUGCUAUCUCAGAGGAGACUGCUAACGUCAAAGGCGAUCGGCCGAUUCUUGCGCUUUCAGUUAUUUUUCUCUGGGAACAGAGCGAGGGCAAGGAGAGUGACCAAGGCAACCGAUGGUCAUGGAGUUCGGAAGAAUCUGCAGCACGGGUGAAGACGAAGCAUUUGGCCGAUGUGAAAUUGCUCAUUUCACACAGCGCCAUCUUUCUGUAG